UUUAUUUUAUCAUUUCAUGUUAUUUAAAUUUUAUUUCAGAUGAUUCGUUUAAGUUGCAUUAGCUUGAUUCUUCUUGUUCUGUUGUCUCAUAUUUCCAUUGCUCAAAAAUCCAAGCAAAAUGAUUAUAUCCAGAAAUUAUCUGAUGUAAAAGAAUUUAAAAAACUUAUUAGGACUCAUACAAACGUUCUUGCUAUAUUCACACAGUCGGAGAAAGAUUUCAAGCAGCAAGAUCUUUUCAGGGCCGUCGGUGAGAAAGUAAAAGGAAUUGCAUCUAUUAUUCUAUUUGAUUGCUCAAUUGACAAAAAAUCUUGCAAAAAAUUGAAGUCAUUUCCAUCUCCCGUUGAAUACAAACAUUUCAAAGAUGGAGAAUUUCAUAAAGUGUACGAUCGAAAGUUUACUGUUAAGUCGAUGGUGAAGUUCCUACGGAAUCCGACGAGUGACAGGCCUUGGGAAGAAGAGGCAUCUGCAUCGGACGUUCGUCAUCUCGAAACUAAAUCUGAUCUGAAUAAAUUAUUGAGCAAAGAAAAGAAGCCAAUUCUUAUCAUGUUCUAUGCUCCAUGGUGUGGGUUUUGUAAGAAGUUGAAGCCGGAGUUUGCAGAGGCCGCCUCCAUUUUGAAGGGAGAAGCUGUUCUAGCUGGAAUGGAUGUUGAUACGUUGGAUGGAGAGCCAAUAAGAAUGGAGUUUAACAUCACGGGUUUUCCCACUCUGAUCUAUUUUAAAAAUGGCGAGAAAGUUUAUAAUUAUGGAGGCUCAAACGAUAGAGAUGGAGUUGUUGCCUGGAUGAGGAACCCCGUCCCCGCCAAAGUUGAGGAACCGGAAAAAGAUUGGUCAGAAAUGGAUAAUGACGUCAUACAUUUGACUGAAGAUAAUUUCGAUGACAUCAUCAAUGCGUCAUCGUCAGCUCUUGUUAUGUUCUAUGCACCUUGGUGUGGACACUGCAAAAAAAUGAAACCUGAAUACGAGGUUGCUGCCACGAUGCUCAAAAAUGAAAAGUUAGAUGGCAUCUUAACAGCGAUUGAUGUGACGAAACAUCAGAAGCUGGGUGAAAAGUUUAAAAUCAAGGGAUUUCCAACUGUUAAAUACUUCAAAAAUGGAGAAGAGAAAUUUGAUGUGAACGAACGAACAGCUCAAACGAUUGUCUCAUUCAUGAAAGACCCCAAGGAACCGCCAGCAGCAGCGUCCGACAAACCGUGGGGCGAGUUGGAUAGCUACGUCGAACACUUGAACGAUGAAAACUUCAAAAGUUUCAUUAAGAAGAAGAAACACUGUUUAGUGAUAUUCUACGCGCCAUGGUGUGGGCACUGCAAAAAAUCGAAGCCAGAAUUCAUGCAGGCCGCCGAAGAACUGAAAGAUGAUUAUAAAAUCUCGUUCGCGGCGGUUGAUUGCACCUCUCCGAGUUCGUCGUCGACCUGUCAAUCAAAUGACGUCACCGGCUACCCCACCUUCAAGUACUUCAACUACGGGAAGAACGAUCAGAUAUACUACGGCGGCAGAGAGAAAAAAGAUUUCAUAUCAUUCAUGCUGAACCCAACGGCAUCGUCGUCACCACCACCAAAACCAUCCAGUGACGAUCGACUUUGGCGGAAUAUUGCCGGAAGUGACGUAAUAUCGUUUUUGGACGCGUCGACCUUUGCGUCACAUCUUGAACGAUUUGAUAUCGUUGUUGUUGCGUUCUUUGCUGACGGUUAUUUGUGUGUGUUUGUCGUUCGUUAG